AUGAACCUGAACUGGAAAAAGAUCAAACCCAUCUCGCCAAAGCAGGCAGUACGAAACACCCCAGACGUGGUCAUGGGCGUCUCGGAUGGUCUAUACAGAAUCCUGAGAUCGAAACAUCUCUGGCUAAACUACUGCCUGAUUCCGAUCGGAACUAUAGCCAUGCUGGCCGUCUCUUACGCUACCAACUUGCUGUUCCAGCUCAAGCCGGUCGAAUUCCCCGCAUCGGUCAUGGUCCUUGCGGUUCUCUUCACCGGCAUCAUGGUCACCGAGCGAAUCUUCGGCAGCAAGGUCUCCGAUUUUCUUAUGCAUUACUUCAACAUCCCGGGCAGGUUUCUGCUCAAGUGGCUGGCUGUGUGCUUCAGUGGCGCCUUCAUCACCCUCCCUCUGUCGGAACACGUGACUGUGGGACAGGCAUGGUCCAUGGGCCUUAUUUUCAUCAUCGGCCUGGCCUUCUACCUGGGUCUCUGCGCUUACAUGGCUCUGGCUGUGGACUGGUUUGUCAAGCUGUUCCACAAGGAGAAAAUCAACGACGAAGAAAAACAGGUGGAAACGAGUUUUGACCAGAUUGAAGAGCACAGUGGAGAAACAGACACGGCUACCUCCACGGACUUGGAAAACGGAGAACCCAUGGUGGACAACAUCGUCAUGAACCCCACGGAGGCGGACAAGGUGGAAGAGGAGGAGAAACUUGAGCCAGAGGUACCUCUGACGGUGUUUGAGAAAAGCUCCAACUUUGUAUACGACAACUUUGACGACAUUUUCUAUUUUACCCUCUUUUGGUGUGGACUGAUUGUCUACUAUGCCAGAGGAUAUGCCAUGAUCAUGCACACUGCAAUGGUUGCCUUUGUGUUCCGACAAGUGAACAAACUGCCUCCCAAGCUCAAGCGAUACCUUUCGCCUGUUAUCGUCACUGCUGGCAUCUGCAUGCUAAUCAUUCUCAUCACUUCUCUGAUUGGCAACCACCACAAGCCUCGAGACUUCAUGAACGAUCUUCGACACUUCAAAACCGGUCGAAACUACCUCUAUCUCGUAAACAACUACCGACACUGGAACGAGGUCAACACUAACGGCAUGUACCAUCGGCUUCCAGGAGCUGGAGACGUGUACUCUUCAUUCAUGGACGCCGGUAUCAUUGCCAUGUUGGUUCCACUGUACGAGUACAGAGCCGAACUGAUUGAGCAUUGGAUUAUGCUCAUUGUCCCUAUCGGAUCUGGAGCCAUCCACUUUUUCUGCUACCCGGCCAUCUGUUACCGACUAUGGCUCACUUCUGAGCAGGCCUUGGGAUUUGCAGCUCGUUCAGCGACUCUAGCCUUGGCUACUCCUGUCACUGAGGGUCUCGGAGGCAACAUCCAGGUCACAGCCGUUACUGGUGUGCUUUCUGGUAUUGUUGGAGUGCUCAUUGGAGACUUUUUGCUCGAAAAGGUGUACCGAGUUCCAAUGGACAAUUUCAUGGUGGUAGGAAUCACAUAUGGCACCAAUUCCUCAGCUGUGGCUGCCACCACUCUUCUGGCUACCGAUAGACGUACCGGAGCCAUUGCAUCCUUGUCUUUUGUGCUGUUUGGAAUCACCCUGGUGGUUCUCACGGCUAUUCCUCCAGUGGCCAAUGUUGCCAAGCAUCUGGCUGGAAAGUAA